GCCAUACACACCCAUGCGAGGGUCUCUAUCUACCGUCUGGUUUGACCGUUACAAGAUCUCACGAGACUGCCAGGAGCACCUGGAGUCCAUAGACACCAUGUGUACCACCUUAGGGUCUGUCAUUCAGGACGAGGUCAACGCUGGGAUCCCCAAACACAGGAUAGUCAUCGGGGGGUUCUCAAUGGGCGGAGCCAUGGCUCUCCACCUGGUGUGUCGGUACCACCCUGACAUAGCGGGAGUCUUUGCGCUGUCCAGUUUUCUCAACAAGGACUCUGUUGCUUUUCAGGCGGUGGAGGAGCGGUUCAGAGCCAGACUCCCCCUCCCCGAGUUGUUCCAGUGUCAUGGGACCAGUGAUGACCUGGUGCUGCAUCAGUGGGGGGAUGACACAUCUGUGAUGCUGAAGAAGGCUGGCAUGAACACUACCUUCCACUCCUUACCAGGCAUGCACCACCAGCUCUCCCAGCCUGAGAUGGAGAUGCUGAGAAGCUGGAUACUCAAAAGGCUUCCCCCCACCACCUCCUCCUGACUCACUCUACCCUAACGUUUUCUCACAGAAUUUGUGAUUGUGUCAAUAAAAAGUUUUGUUUUUUAUG